AUGUCGAGGAAUUCAUCAAUUGGAUAUUCACAGUGGUAUAUUCAUUAUCGCGUUAUUUUAGUCGUCGUCAUCGACUUGGAGAAUUUGAUCAAAGAAAUGUUACAGAAAGAAUACCUAGACAAAACCCUCAGGCACCACAG